CAAAUUAAAGGUUUAAUUUUGGUGUGGCGCCAACGAGUAUCAAAUUUAAAUUCUCCUUUUUGGAAAUUCCAUGUUCUUUAUCAUCUAAGUUAGUUCGAUCUCUUUUAUCAGCUCAGCUUAAUGUUUAUGCCUUUCUAAUCAUCUAGUCAAUUCAAUAUGAACAUGUAGCCGCUAAAACGGAGCUUAAAUUUCAACAAAGUCUGGUUAUGCAAGAAUACCAAAAAUGGAAGCCAUGAAGGGUGUUGCAGAUAGACCUGAGCCAAGAGACACCUACAGGAUUGCUUAUAUAAUCCAUUUCCUUCUUGGUGCAGGGAAUUUGCUUCCUUGGAAUGUUUUUAUAACAGCAGUUGAUUACUUUGGUUGUCUCUAUCCAGCUGGGCAUGUUGAAAAGGUUUUCUCUGUGGCCUACAUGACUUCUUCAUUGCUUGUUCUGGUUUUAGUGGUGAGCAGAGGUGGAUGGAGCUCCAGGCUGACUUUUAGAUUGAGAAUGAACUUGGGGUUUUCCAUGUUUGUUCUCUCUCUAAUGGUGCCUCCGAUUAUAGACCGAACUUGGCACAGCAGCGGAUCACAUGGAGCAUACGGAGUGACAGUGGCAGCGGUUCUGAUAUGUGGUUUAGCUGAUGGCCUGAUCGCUGGAAGCUUGAUAGGAUUAGCCGGGAAACUUCCAAAAGAGUAUAUGCAAGCUGUUUUUGCCGGAACAGCUUCUUCAGGCGUUCUCGUUUCCAUCUUGAGGAUUGUAACAAAAGCAUCACUCCCACAGACUUCACAGGGUCUUCGAACAAGUGCCUACUUAUACUUUAUUGUCAGUACAGUUAUCUUGCUAUGCUGCUGUCUGGGUUCCAACAUGCUAAACAAGUUACCAAUCAUGCAACAUCAUUAUAGACUUCUUAGUGUCAGUGAUGAUCCACUUUCUUCCGGGCAAAAGUUAUGGAAAGUGGCCAGAAAAAUUCAGUGGCCAGCUUUCGGGGUUCUCCUUAUAUAUAUUGUGACCCUGUCAAUUUUCCCCGGAUUCAUUGCAGAAAACCUGGAAUCUAAGCUUCUUCAGGAUUGGUAUCCUGUUUUGCUGAUCACAGUUUAUAAUGUUUCAGACUUUGUGGGGAAGUCUUUCACUGCAAUAUUUGUUCCAAAGAGUGUGAAAAGGGCAACAUGGGCUUGCAUUGCCAGGGUUUUGUUCUAUCCACUCUUUGCUGUUUGCCUCCAUGGACCCAAGUGGUUGAGAAGUGAAGCACCUUUUCUAGCUCUGACAUUCAUGCUCGGGUUGACUAAUGGGUAUGUAACAAGUGUCCUCAUGAUUCUCACUCCUAAGUUGUUGCCUAUUGCAGAAGCUGAGAUAGCUGCCAUUGUGAUGAUUUUAUCACUUGGAAUUGGGCUGGUUGGUGGUUCAGUUCUUGGCUGGUUUUGGAUGAUCUGAAGCUUUUACAGUUCCCUGGCUCGGAAGAAAUAUAUGAACCAUAAAUUAGAAUAUUUGAUCAUCUUCAUGUAAGCCAUAAUAAAUAUAUGAACCUGGUGAAUGAAAAAAAUCAUUUGGCAA